AUGUCUCAUCAGCCGCCACAGGAUCCCCCUCACCAACAGCAAUCACUAUCACAACCGCAGGACAGAUCUACCAAAGACAUGGCAUCAGAGUCCUUUCCUCAACAGACCAAUCAGACUCACCUCCACAGUCAACCUGUCCAAACCACGCCUACUCCGGAGUCGGCUCCUGCAGUGCAGAAAUGCGGCAAGUGCGACUUGCAGAUGAAGGGCUCGUUUGUGCGUGCGUUGGGAAACACUUAUCAUCUGGAUUGCUUCAAGUGCAUGGACUGUGGCCAGAUUGUCGCCUCCAAGUUCUUCCCCAUCACGGAGCCCGAUGGGAAGCAGUAUCCACUCUGUGAGCGCGACUAUUUCCGGCGUCUCAACCUUGUGUGCCAGUCUUGUGGAGGAGCUCUUCGUGGCUCCUACAUCACGGCGCUUGACUACAAAUAUCAUAUUGAGCACUUUACAUGCUCGGUGUGUCCAACGGUCUUUGGUCCUCAGGACUCUUACUACGAGCACGAUGGCAAGGUGUACUGCCACUAUCAUUACUCACUUUGCUACGCUGUUAAGUGUGCAGGAUGCCGGACAGCGAUUUUGAAGCAGUUUGUCGAGAUCAAUCGCAACAGCCAGGACGAGCAUUGGCACCCAGAGUGUUAUAUGAUUCACAAGUUCUGGAAUGUGAAACUCGCGUCCGUGCCGCAGAAAGAGGAUCUACCCCAAUCAAAGAUCGACGCUGAAUCAGGACCGCAGUCUGUGGAUUCAGGAACAGGAACAGGAGCAGAGGCAGUAGACGCAUCAAAUUCAGAAACGGCGCUCGUACUCAAAAAUGAACAGGAGAGCAGCACCACAGAAUCAGAUUCUUCUCUUCCACCGGAGGAGGCACCAGCCUCAGCCGCGGAGACCAAAACACCCGCUGAACUCAAGCUGGCACAGCAGCAGAUGGAAGAAAAGGUGUAUCAGAUCUGGACGGUUCUCUCGGCUUUUGAGGAAUCUUCUGCUGGAUGCAUCUCUGAGAUGCUGCUUCACGUCUCGAACGGAUCCUACUAUGACGGAGUACAGAUGGCAGGACGAUUCAUCCUACACGUCGACAUUUUGUUUAGUGCCAUCGACGACCUCGAGGCUCAGAUGAAGGAAGUUGGCGAUAAUAGCGACAUGACACAUGGACGGGAGGCUAAGAUGCUGUGUAAAAAGAUCGUGAACUUCUUUUCACUUCUUUCGCACACGCAGGAGAGUGGUGUCCGACGGCUGGGCAUGACGCAGGAGUUGCUCUCGUUGGUUACCGGACUCGCCCACUACCUCAAAAUCCUCAUCCGUAUUGCUCUUACAAGCGCACUCAAGCUGGAACGGCAAUACAACUCGACGGCAGUGAUCGCGCGGUUCCUGAGUAAACUAAUGGAGCUGGCCAACCGCGACAAGUAUUUGAAUGAUCUUCAAGGGGAGAAUUCAAUGGACGCAGAGGUUACAUCUGAUUUGUGUCUGGCAUGCCGUGUCACCAUCGAGGACGAGUGCUUCACCCUUAAUCACCACCAUCGUUGGCAUCCAAAGUGCUUGAAGUGCUCAAAAUGCACGAAAUCGCUGGUAUCAGUAUACUACGACGCCUCAUUCGACAUAGGCCCCGGACUAGUCCUCUGUCAACAGUGCAAAACACCAGAGUCGCAGACGGGAUUCUCACAUGUGACAAAACUGGAGCAGUAUACCUUCCUGUUGCGCGUAGCCCUCAUCCGUCUGGAGAAUCUUCUUCAUCUCAAGGGCGACGACCAGCCUAGCAGCGAACAACGAACACGUCAGUUGGCCACAGCUCCAGCCUCGCCUCUCUCGCCACCAGGCUUGAUGAGGAAGGAUUCUCGAUCAAAGUCAUAUUCAUCGGACGAUAACCGGCAAUACGAAACGAUUCAUCUCGGAGAUAUCAAGCGCGUCAAAUCUACUCAUCUGGACCGGAAGCUAUCCAACUCUGCACGGAUUCCAAAGCGGCAGACUGUUAUUGAGCGCCAGCGGAGACAACUUGAACCUGUUGGUCUGGUUCUGGACGAACUGGUUUCGGCAGACAAUGCAGCAGCAGCAGCAGCAGCAGCAGCAUUGGUACAGAGCAAUACUACGGAGGCAGAAGCAGCGCCGCUCGAAAUUGAGAUUAUCGAUGAGCGGCCGGACACUGGAGAUCUUCAACAGGAGGACGAGGGCAUAGAGGGUCCCAAUCCAAAUGCGCCGGCAACACUCUCGGACCUGACUGAGCGACUUCGGAUCAGUACCGCGACCAACGCGUCACCAACAGCGUUGCAUCGCUUACGUCAAGGUCAUGGGUCAGCACAAGGAUCCCAGCACCUGGAAGUCCCUAAUGCCUCACGCCAUCCAAAGAGGCAAUAUUUAAGCGAGCUGUCAGCAUUAGAAUUAUUUAUUGUGAAACACCUGGCGGUUUUGACAUUGGCGCCAAUUGUUUCCGAGUACUUUACGCUGGAGGAACUAUUGGACCUGAUCGGACAGCGCAAGCAGACCCUUUGGGGCCGAUUCGUGAAGGGACUCAAGACCGACAAGAAGAAACCAAAAGUCGAAGGAACAUUUGGAGUCCCACUGGAAGUCCUGGUAGAGAGGAACGGCGUUGAUUCUGCAUUAGGUGCAGGUCCUGGACGCAUUCGAAUCCCUAGUUUUGUGGAUGAUAGCAUUUCUGCGAUGCGCAACAUGGAUAUGUCGGUGGAGGGCGUGUUCCGAAAGAACGGGAAUAUUCGGCGUCUCAAGGAACUCAGCGAAGCGAUUGACAAGGAUCCUUCAUCUGUGAACUUGAGUGAUGAUAAUCCUGUACAGGUGGCAGCGCUGUUCAAGAAAUUCCUGCGCGAUCUACCUGAUCCACUCUUGACAUUCAAGUUGCACCGACUUUUUGUUGUCUCUCAGAAAAUGGAAGAAGAGUCGCUUCGAAAGACGAUUCUGCACUUGACGUGCUGUCUACUACCCAAACCUAAUCGCGAUAGCAUGGAGGCGGUCUGUCUGUUCCUUCGUUGGGUCGCCUCCUUUUCACAUGUGGAUGAGGAGACGGGCAGCAAGAUGGAUCUUCACAAUCUGGCAACGGUGAUCACACCAAAUGUUCUGUAUUCAAAAUCCAAGGAUCCAACAAAGGAUGAGAGCUUCCUCGCCAUCGAGGCUGUCAUGGGUCUACUCGCACAUCAGGAUGAGUUCUGCGUUGUACCCAUGGAUCUUUCUUCCAUCCUCAGCGACCAGGACCUCGUGGAAUCAUCGACAGAUCUUUCUUCAAAGGACAUUUUGAAGCGCUGCGAAAACUUGGUUAGAUCCAAGGUCAAGAAGUCGCAUUCCUUGGGUGAUCUCUAUGCUGAUUCGAGCAAUAGUGGAAACGGAAUUGUGGAGGGACAAGGUCAGAGCGCAAGUGUAGGAGAUAAUACCCAUCAACUGAACAACAUCAACAACAACGGAUAUCUACCAUCGGCAGCGCCGACAGGGGCCAUCCGGAUUCCAGAGAGACCAAGACCUUAUCAUCAUUCGCAUUCGACGCAUGCGGUGAUACUGAGCGGACGGGAUAGAGAGCGGGGAUCAACACCGAUGUCUUUAUGA